AUGUUGCGUAAUUUUUUGACUACCGUGCCUUAUACGAAGUUUAUUUUAAUUGAAGAUAAUGUGGCUGACAGGGGUUAUGAUUUGUUUAACUUUGUUGUAAAUAGUCAAAUUAAACGAGAAAAUAGUAAAAUUCAUUUUUUGGUGUGCGAGAAUGUAUUCUCAAGGGUUAAAGCACAAUUCAGUGGUAAUAACGUACAAUUUUAUGAUAUUGUAAGCAACAAUUUAAACUGGACGAAAAAUACCAGAUAUACCCUAGACGAAGUAGCAAAAAAUGUUUCCAAUACCGACAUAGUAAUAAUUAACUCACUAUCAAAUGCCAUAAUUAACUUUGGUGUAUCCGAAGUUUACAGAUUUUUAAAUAUUUUAAUUGCAGAAAAAUGUGUUCAACAAAUUUUAACAAUAUUGCAUACAGAUUUAUUGUUGGAUAAAAAUUGUGUUGAAUUUUUUGAGCAUCUGUGCACACUUAGUAUUAGAAUUAAACCUAAAUUUUAUAGUGAUAAUGCUAGAGUUAAAUAUAGGUACAAGAAAGUUGGAGGAAAGAUUAUAAUGCAGAUGGAAGAGUAUAAGUUUGAAAACAAUAAUUUGCUGACAUACAAAAUUGAAACUGACGCCUCAAAAAUUGAACAAGUGGUUGCUAACAACGUGAAUCCAGAAAAUUUAUCUACAUUCAGAAUAGGUUUAAGUGAACAGGAAAAAUUGUCUAAAGAAAAUGUGGUUUUACCUUAUUUACCCAAGACUGACAAAGAGGGUAAAAUUACUUACACCAUGGAAGAUAUUGAUGACUGGGACGAAGAGGACCCUGAUGACGAUUUGGAUAUAUAA